CUUUCCGUUGGAAUUAUGGGGGAUUUUUAUCAGGUUUCCUUUGGGUUUUUUGUGGAUUUCUGGAUUUUUGUGGAUUUUUUUGGUAAUUUCUGGUUUCUCCUCUCUCCCAGGAUCCAUUACAACGUCUUCUACUGCUUGUACCUCAUGGAAAACUCCUCUGGAACCGUUGGGAAUGUGGAAGAGGAGACGCUGGCGUCGCGCUGCAGGCAGGACUUGUGGUCCAGUUGUGGUGAGGUCAAACUGACCCACGAGCAGCAGAGGAUUUUGAAUCACAGGAUUGAGCCCGGGCAGAUAGUGAAAAUUAUGGCGUUUGCAGGCACGGGGAAAACCUCGACCUUGGCCAAGUACGCGGAGAAAUUCCCAGAGCUCAACUUCCUCUACGUGGCUUUCAACAAAGCCGUGGCGGAGAAGGGGAAAAGGGUCUUUCCCAGGAAUGUCACCUGCAAGACUUUCCACUCCCUGGCGUUCGGGAGCGUCGGGAAGCUAUUUUCAAGAUAUUCCUUUAAAGAUAUUCCAUUGCAAAAAUGUGCAGAUUUUCAAGAUAUACAGAUUUUAAAGAUCAAAACCUCAAAAGUCUUCAGAGAAAAUCUCCCGUGUUUGGAAUAUUUGUCAGCUCAGAGCAAUUUAUCCAAGUUAUCCUUGUGUGUUUUCCCUCUGCAGAUCAACGUGGAAGAGGCCAAAGAAAUAUGGCACAACAUGAAAAAGCUGGAUGGGGACGUGGAGAAGAGAUACAAGAUGACUUGUGAUGGAUACCUGAAGCUCUGGCAGCUCAGCAAGCCCAAGCUGUCGGGAUACGACGCCGUUUUUGUGGACGAAGCCCAGGAUUGCACUCCAGCCAUCGUGGACGUGGUGCUGUCCCAGACGUGUGGGAUCAUCCUGGUGGGAGACCCUCACCAGCAGAUCUACACCUUCCGCGGCGCCGUCAACACCCUGCACGCCGUGCCCCACACCCACGUCUACUACCUGACCCAGAGUUUCCGAUUUGGUCCCGAAAUUGCUUAUGUUGGAGCAACAAUCCUGGAUGUUUGCAAAGGGAUCCGGAAUAAGACGUUGGUGGGUGGGAACCAAAAGGGCGCCGUCCGGGGCUCCCUGGAAGGGAAGAUCACGGUCCUUUCCCGCAGCAAUUCCAGCGUUUUCGACGACGCCGUCAAACUCACCGGGAGGGACAGACCCAUCCCAAUCCACGUCAUCGGGGGCUUGGCUCGUUUUGGCCUGAGCAGGAUUUAUGAUAUUUGGAAGCUCAGUCAACCUGCAGAAGUCAGGGAAAAAUCAAACCUCGUGAUAAACGAUUCCUUUAUCCAAAAAUGGGAAGGCACUUCGGGGUUCUUUGGAUUGAAGGAAUAUGCCGAGCACGUGGAUGACAGAGACCUGGCAGUGAAGAUUUCCAUCGUGGAGAAAUACAGGGAGCGGAUCCCGGAGCUGGUGCAGAGGAUCGAGAGAUCCCACGUGUCCCAGGAAUCCCUGGCGGAUUAUCUCAUAGGCACUGUCCACCAAGCCAAAGGGCUGGAAUUCGACACCGUGCUGGUGGCCGAUGAUUUCGUGAAGGCCCCGUGUGGGAGCGACGCUUCCCAGAGGAGAACCAACCUGGCCAUUGGCACCGUCCCGGAGGACGAGUGGAACCUGCUCUACGUCGCUGUGACCCGGGCCAAGAAGUGCCUCCUGCUCUCCAAAUCCCUGGAACACCUCCUGGCCCUGGCUGGGGAGCGAUUCCUUCGGGUGGAGCUGAUGAGUGAGGCUGCCAAGGCCGGAGCAUCCCGCGCUUGCUGCGUGUCAGGAUGCCCAAACACGUUGGAUUCCAACUCCAGGCUGGUUGUGAGGAAGCUCCCGUUGACUCACAGCAACGGCAGCCGCGAUCCCGGGGGAUUCCUGUGCCAGCCCUGCAGCCGGCAGCGCUUCGGCUCCCUGGCUCCGCUCACCUCCUUCCCAGCGCUCCAGGAACAGCCCUGCCAGCUCUAGGGAAUCCCUCCCACCUUCCCAAAGCCUGUUGGCGCAUCCCAGCUCAGGAAUCGGGUGGAUAUUGGAGCGGGAUUUGGAUGGAUAUUGGAACAGGAUUCCAGCCCGGCUCCGGAGGAACCCCGUAGGCUCUGGGAGACCUUCCCUGCAGCCCUGCCUUGCCUUCCAGGAGCUGGGAAGCAGAAUAUCCCGAAGAAUAUGCACUUUAAGAACUGGAUCAGCAUUAAUUUUGGAGCAUUAUCCCUGUGUACCUCCGUCACAGCGACCAAACUUCCCUGGAUGUCCCUCCCUCCUCCCUGACGUCAGCGCUCGGUGAAAUCCCUCUGAUCCGCUGGAAGAAGAGGAAAUGCAACCCUGGAAAGCUCCCAAAGGAACAGGCUAUUUCUGGGAAAUGGACUUUUCCUGGCCAGCAGUGGAAGGAAAUCAUUAAUCCCUCCCAGGGAACGAAUUCCCCUUCCUUGCAGCCAAGGGCUUUCCCAGACUUGAUUCCCUUUUCCCAGGACCAAACUACGAGGGAAGAACAGCUUUGGAUUGACCCGGAGACAAACUGGGGAGAGUUUUGAAUCCUAAAACUCCAUUUAUAACCAAAAAAAAAA